UAUCUGCAUCAUGUUUUCAUAAAUCCUGUGACUGACCAUGCUCUGUGGCCUCCCACCCUAUCCCCCAAGCGCCAUCUCCUGUGGUUUUCCUCCUGCUUUAUCCCCUUACCGUAUUUGCAGGAAAGACUGCAGGGUGAUCUCACAGCUUUGGGACAGUGUGCUGCUUGGGCUUCUUUAUCAUAAAUGCCUGUUAUCAUUUGUCAUGGGGGAACAGAGGUAGAGUGUUCUAAGGCCCCAGUUACUGCAGUCCCCUGACUUCAUGUGUAGAGGAAGAGGCUGUGAUUCUUACCAGUCUGGGAACACUGAGGAGGAACAACGGCCUUCUUAAGUGAGAGCUUUUUCAUGGUGAAAGGAGCAGCCCUCUUCUUACAACAGGGAAACAGCCCUCAAGGCCAGCGGAGUCUUCAGCACCCCCACAAACAUGCAGGUGACCUGCCCCAACAUCUUCAAGUGAUGAUCAACCUACUGCGUUGUGAAGACAGAAUCAAGCUGGCCGUGCGCUUGGAGAGCGCCUGGACCGACCGCGUCCGCUACAUGGUGGUGGUGUACAGCAGUGGGCGCCAGGACACCGAGGAAAAUAUCUUGCUGGGAGUUGACUUUUCCAGUAAGGAAAGUAAAAGCUGCACCAUUGGGAUGGUUCUCCGACUGUGGAGUGACACAAAAAUCCACCUGGAUGGAGAUGGUGGAUUCAGCGUGAGCACAGCAGGAAGGAUGCACAUAUUUAAGCCUGUGUCUGUCCAGGCCAUGUGGUCUGCUCUGCAGGUGCUUCAUAAGGCCUGUGAGGUGGCACGAAGACACAACUACUUCCCCGGGGGUGUGGCUCUCAUCUGGGCCGCCUACUAUGAGAGCUGCAUCGGCUCUGAGCAGAGCUGCAUCAAUGAGUGGAACGCCAUGCAGGACCUGGAGUCCACGCGGCCCGACUCCCCGGCGCUGUUUGUGGACAAGCCAACUGAAGGGGAAAGGACUGAGCGCCUCAUCAAAGCCAAACUCCGAAGCAUCAUGAUGAGCCAGGAUCUGGAAAAUGUGACCUCCAAAGAAAUCCGUAAUGAAUUAGAGAAGCAGAUGAAUUGUAACUUGAAAGAAUUUAAGGAAUUCAUAGACAACGAGAUGCUACUUAUCUUGGGACAGAUGGACAAGCCCUCCCUUAUCUUCGAUCAUCUUUAUCUCGGCUCUGAAUGGAAUGCAUCCAAUCUGGAAGAACUGCAGGGCUCAGGGGUUGACUACAUUUUAAAUGUUACUAGAGAAAUAGAUAAUUUUUUCCCUGGCUUAUUUGCAUAUCAUAACAUCCGAGUCUAUGAUGAAGAGACAACAGAUCUUCUUGCCCACUGGAAUGAAGCAUAUCAUUUUAUAAACAAAGCAAAGAAGAACCAUUCCAAGUGCCUGGUACACUGCAAAAUGGGCGUCAGCCGAUCUGCCUCCACAGUCAUAGCCUAUGCAAUGAAAGAAUUUGGCUGGCCUCUCGAAAAGGCCUAUAACUAUGUGAAGCAAAAGCGCAGCAUCACACGACCCAACGCAGGCUUCAUGAGGCAGCUGUCGGAGUAUGAAGGCAUCUUAGACGCAAGCAAACAGCGGCAUAACAAGCUGUGGCGUCAGCAAACAGAAAACAGCCUCCAGCCACCUGCGGAAGACCCUGCAGGACCCAGCGACUUCCUGCCAGAGACCCUGGAUAGCACCCCAGAGACCCAGCCACCCUGCCUGGAGGAAUCUGCCCAGCCAAUCUUCCCAGGCAGCAGGGUCCCUGGAGGGCCCGCUGUCCCAUGCUGUUUCCGGCGACUCUCAGACCCCCUCCUGCCUUCUCUUGAUGGUGAUAUUGCCAGCUCAAUCCAGGACCUUGAGAAGGAUGCACUUUUGGAGGAAGCAGCCGAGCCUGGGGAGGUACACAAGCCAGCCAGAUGUCCCCAGGAAGGUCCCGGGCUCUGUGAGAAGUAUGCCAAGAAGAAACUAGAAGUCGGGAGCCCCACACCCCCGAGUGGCUCCUUGCCUCAGGCAGAGGAGAUGGACAGGGAAGACAGCCCAGAAGCAGGGAGGUGGGAGCAGCUUCCACCUCAGCUUACCUGGGAAAAUCUAAAUAACAACAACAGCAAGCGGAACUGUCCAGAUGACUUUGAGCACGAUGCUAUAUUUGGGAUCCUUAACAAAGUGAAGCCCUCCUACAAAUCCUGUGCUGAUUGCAUGUACCCUCCAGCCAGCGGAGUCCCCGAGGCCUUUGGGGAGCAAUGUGAGGACCCCAGUGCUCCUGCCAUCUGCACCCAGCCUGCCUUCCUGCCCCAUGUCACGUCUUCCCCUGUGGCCCACACAGGCAGCCGGCCCCGGUUUCUGGAGAAGCCAGCAUCUGGCCCCACCGAAACCCCCCAACUCCUACCACCAGCAGGCUCCAGGAGGCCAGGCACCAGUGGUUCCGGGGCUACCCCAGGGCUACCAGCUAGUUUAUUGGAACCUUCUAGAGAUACCCUGAAAGUCCUGCCAACAUCCCUCCUUUUGAAGAAUUCUCACUGUGAUCAGAACCUUUCCAGCAAGGAAGUGGUGAAGGAAGAGCCAUCACCCAGGAAAGAUCUGAAGCCUGCUAAGGACCUAAGACUUCUGUUCAGUAACGAGAUUGAGAAACCCACAACCAACAGCUACUUGAUGCAGCACCAAGAAUCUAUCAUCCAGCUGCAGAAGGCAGGCCUGGUCCGUAAGCACACCAAAGAGCUAGAGAGGUUAAAGGGCACACCUGCAGACCCGGCCACUCCCUGCAAGGACUGCACCACUGGCAGGCUGGAGGCCAGCGUCCCCGAGGAGACCCAGGAUCCUGCCGCCCUCCAGGAACCAAGUCCCCUGUCAUUCCCCAGCCCAGGUGGGAGCGAUGAGAAAUCAGAGGCUACCCCCCUACCCUUGGAAGGAACCUCACUGAAGAGCCCCCCUCCCUUCCUCUGCCGCCUGGAUCAUACCAGUAAUUUCUCAAAAGACUUUCUGAAGACCAUCUGCUACACCCCCACCUCCUCUUCCAUGAGCUCCAACCUGACUCGGAGCUCCAGCAGCGACAGCAUCCACAGCGUCCGUGGGAAGCCUGGGCUAGUGAAGCAGCGCACCCAGGAGAUCGAGACCCGGCUGCGGCUGGCAGGCCUCACUGUCUCGUCCCCACUGAAGCGCUCACACUCACUUGCCAAGCUCGGGAGUCUCAACUUCUCAACGGAAGACCUAUCCAGUGAGGCCGACCCGUCUACCAUCACUGACUCCCAAGAUCCCAGAAUGAGCGAGUCUUCCUUCCUGCGUGAGCCCCAGGUCACCCCAAGGAACCUGCCUGCAGUCUCCAAACUAUCAGGGAAAUCUGCCUCAGGAAACUUGAAGAGCCCCACCUGGAAGAGCAAGAGCUGACCCGCUUCUGCUUCACUGCGACAUGUAUUUUCAUGAUUCCUCCCGUCAUUGUUCCACUAUGGAUUUGGGUCAGCCCAUCCAUCUUGAUUUCCUGUAAACAACUGAAGUCAUCCUAACUUUCCCCCAUCUUUGCACAAAGAGGAGGAGAAGAAACAAAAAUAACUUCACAUGCGGCACAAGAAGAAAGGGGGACUGUCAGCUGAGUGGCCUGGGAGAGCCAGAAACCACCAGCCAGCAGACACAAGACUCUCUGCUCCCAAGUCCUGUGUCUUCAAGAAAAAUCAUGUUUUGAAAAGAAUGUGCCCAGAUACACACCCACGUCCAAACUUCUCCAUUCGCAGCCUGCAGAAGAAGAGUUGUGGUGAUGCCAUCGCCACAACAGACGUUCUAGCUCGUUCUGGCCCUCUUGGGAAACUCGGAUGACAACAUAAAUCCUACCUCUGUUCUUGCUGUGCUUUUUAUUUUUAAAAUACAAGAUCAACCAAGGGAAUAAUGCUGUGUUAGAAAGGGUUUUUCCCAGGCAAAAAAAAAAAAAAGAAUUUUCUCUCGUUCUGGUUUUUUGUUUUGUUUUGUUUUGUUUUCUUUUGGUUGGGACCCCAGAUGUGUCAAGACUCUUAACUGCCCCAGGCAGGGCUUGGUAAAGUCAUCAGACAAAACACCCCACACUGUGAUUGAGCUUACUCUGUGCUGAGUGGCAGCAAAAGCUCUCUCUAAUCUUGGUUCUUUUGUUACAGCUGAGUGAUGUGUUUGACCAGCACAGGGAGGGCAGGUGGGGAAAAUGUGUGUGGCAGUCUCAGUUGUUGCUAAUGCUGAAGUUCAAAGCGUUCCUAGUGGAAGGGAAGGACCCACCCAGUGUUGCCGAUCCCCACCUGCUGCUGAACUAGACUUGGUUACCUUUAUUUAGGUUUUGAAAGUGCUCAAAUGUUCAGCAGGAGCAGUGGUUCUGAGAUAGGGUUCAUCCUGCUGGAAGCCUGGACACUGAGGUUCAUUAGGCCCAUCUCUUUAUGUUUGGGGAGAGAAGGAGAUUUCAGCAGGGAUAAACUUUAUCAUUCCUUGUCCAGCAGCAGCUAGAGAGGAUUGAGGCUGUGAAACAGCUUCACAGAUGUUUACAGUUUUGCCCCUCGCUACAGUGAGAAUACUGCUUCCUGUUUCUCUACAACUCCCCCUGCAGCCAGGACAAGGAUCUGUAAGCCCCGCCUUGCCUCUGUGGGUGGCCCCUUUCAGGACCAGGUGAGCUCAUCCUCAGCCUCUAGGCGUUGGCUGAGGACUACUCAACUGGUGUCCAUCAGCAAGGCAGAAAGUUAAAACAUUUUGAAGAGAGAGCAGCACUUCAGUAGACAGGCAGGAAGGUUGAAUUCAGGGAAUUAGUAAACGAUGAUGUAUGGCCCCAUAAGCUAAGAACAUUUUUUGCGUUUUUAUGCAGUUAUAAAAAAAGAAAGAAAGAAUAUGUGACAGACACUACAGGGCCCACAAAGCCUAAGAUAUUUGUGUCAGGUCCUUUGUAGAGAAAGUUUGCUGAUCCCUGGUUUUAUUUGACAACAUGGGGCUGCCCUUGGCCCUGCAGAAAAACAGGGCAGAUUUGAACAUGUGUUCUGCCUGACCCUUCCCUCCUCUGGACUCCAGGCCUUCCAGCCCACACCAAUUUGCCUCUCUCAUGCAAGAUGGAGUAGUUUAUGUAUGUGACUCUGGUUAGGGGCAGUGUUGGCUGGAGCUUUUCACAAUGCCAUCUUGCCUUCAGCUGGAUCUGCCAUAUUCUAAAAGUGGGUAAGUUGCCAUGUUGCAUUGGUCACAACUAGGUGCCCAGAAGCAGGCCUUUCUGGAAAGCACCCAGACAGGGUCUUGAGGAACUUGGCAAGUUCAUAUUUCAACCAGAAAACUCUUGCAAAAACGCUUUCUUCUGGAACUUUUUCUCCCUUGUGUAAUGAUUCUUCUUUUUUAAAAAAUUGUACUUUAUAGGAAUUUGUUUUUCCACUGAUGUCAAUUGAAAGCACCUUAAAAGAUGGUUAUGCACUUAUUCCUAAGACCCCUAUGGAUCCCCCACCCCCACCCCCCAGCCAACAAGAGCAUGGUCUCAAAUACCAAAUUCAGUAUGUUUUGCCAAAUUAAAUGUUAAGGGAUAGAUCGGUAUUUGUGUCAAAAUAAUCCCUUAAAUUUGGUGAUGACAGGCUUAUGUUGGUCUGUUAACCAUGUCUGUGUAUGAGGGUAAUAUAUUUUUGAAAACUUUUAAUUUUGAAAGCCAUAAUUUUUCUUAUCCAAUUAAAGAGGGUGAGAGGGAGGAUUACAAAUACAAGUGGGUCUUUGGCUUUUGGCAAACCUAUCUAUUCAUUUUCGGGAGCACAGCUUAUAUAUCAACAUCUUAAGAGACCAAGGCAUUUGUCCCCAUCAUCAGAGCAAAAUGAAGCCUUCCUGAAUUGAUGGUUACUACACUGGCCUGGAGAAAAGGUUAAAGAUUUUUCUUGGAGCCCCCAAAAAGCUGCACACAAACACAUGGCUAAUUACUAUUUAAAUAUAUACAAACAAGACAAGAGCAGAAAUACCAGACUUGGGGGUCACCUUGGCAAAGAUGAAUUCAUACUGGUUUUGGAAAAGUUUGCCCCAUCAGAUAUAUCUCAUAGCUCGGCCAAUGCUUUGUGUGUAAUCUUAGCUGGUAGAGAAAACUCCAAACAUAAGUGGCACAAGAAAGAGGCAGGCAGAGGUUUGUGCUAUGCAAGUCUUUGAGUGUUCAUGUGCGUAACUGUCAUUUUCAUCGAAUGUCUUUGUUGGUUUCUGAAUUAGCUCUAUACCCUGUGUAUUCCACUGACUUUCACCUUUCACCUCACCUUAAUUCAUGUGGCAUGCCAAAAAUUAGAUUGAACUUUGCUACUAUCUUUCCCCUUGCGAUGAUAAAGGAAGGUGUUUUCUUUGAGUUUUGUCAAGCGUAAGAGGGCCGGUGGUGACAUAGAGGAAGAAUCAGGCGGCCCUCUGAUCAUAAUUUGAUCAUGCCGAUUGCCAUGGCUUUGCCUUGUAGCUGCUUCAGGGUCUUCCAGCAGUGUCCUAGGUGCAUAAACUUUAUAAAAACAUGGUUUCUUUCUCUCUGCAUCCCAUGUCUGCCUCCUUGCUGUCAUGCAGGGACCCCUGCCAACCUCUGGAUUGGAAGCCCUUCUCUGUGGCACCCUGUUGCUCAAGCAUGCAGAUUAUUUGCCAGGUGCACAUGAACAGCCACACUGUCCAAGUCCCAUUCUACUCCCUUCUGCUAAAGAGGAUCACAAUCUGUUCUUUUCCCCUUUUCUCCUGGAUAAGGCCAGAGAAUGGAGCUGAGCUUGAGUAGAAUAAACCUUCAGGACAACCUUGUUCUUCUGUACUUGUGCCUCAGGGCCAGCCCAUCCUGGAAAAUUGGUGAGUCCUGCUCUCCCCUCCGUGGACCAUGUCUCCCUCAUGGGAACAAAUGCUGCAUCAUUUAGUCAAGACAGCAUAUUAAGGAACCUUGCCUGAGGCAUCCAAGGAGGGAAUUGCUUUCUGUUGUCUGGAAUUCUCAGUGCCGGAAUACAUUUCAUACAACCCUGCCUGGUGGCUGGCCAGCAGGAUUCCCCCAAACAUACCACCCAGGGUGAUCACCCACUUCACCUCUGGCAAGAGAGCGAGUAGAUAGAAACCUGGUGACAUCUGGACAGCAAGGCGCAGGUUCAGUUGUGCUGGUUCCACCGCCCAGGCUCCUGCUGGUGUCACAGGCCAAAUAAAGGCCCUUGAUUUUACCCCUGUUCCCAGCUACUUGUUUUGUCACUGCCUGCUCUGUAAUUGAGUACCUAUGUGUAUGAGUUCACUCCGCCUAUAUACAUUUGAAUAUAUAGAACUCGAGUCACGUUACCCUGUUCACUUUCUCUUUCAUCCACACGCAUGCCACCUGUCACCCAGCUGCAAAGUGAGUCCCCGUGACCAAUCUGGAGAGGCUGCCUUGUUCUUGUUUUGCUUAAGUGCUGCGGCCCUAGGCUUCCAUCACUCUCUCUGGACAGGUGUCUUGAUAACCAGAACACCAGUCAGUCCUCUGCUGUCUUUUCUGUCAGCCUUGCUGUAUGAGAAGAUAACUGCUUCCUCCCUCUUUUCCUACACUGUAAUUAUUGUUUUACAAUUGAGUGCCUUAAUAAUAGUUUACAAAUACUAUGUAUUUAUGUGAAACGGUUAAACUCUCUCAUCUUUUGUGAUUGGAUACUUUGUCUUGUGGGUUGUGAUUGGCGUUAGGAAGUUAGCCUGUGUCCAUGUAUGUCUGUGUUUAUUCUGCAGUGCAGUUUUUACAUGGUGUGUUCACAGCUGUUCCAAGGAGCCUUGCUAGAAACAGCACUGAUAAGUGGUAUAGCUCUCUUAGAAUUUGUCUAGUAGGUUUUCUGGUCCUCACCAGAAGACUCCCAUGCAAAAAAAGAAAGGAAGAGAAGAACAGCACUAGUAGUUCCUGCAUGCAAGGCAGAGAUUGGCGCUGUAUCCUGUGGGGACCAGCAAACGUGAUUUAGUUUGUUAGCCGGCUGACCGGGUGACCUUUGAACCAGAGCCCAGCGUCUCAUCCAUUUCCCCAGUUACAAAAUUGUUCUCUUGUUUAAUAGAGAUUUUAUUACCACCUAGGCUACCCCAUUUUUCUUUUCCAUUAGUGUCCUGAGCUCUUUUGCAACAAAAAGUAGGUACAGACUAAACCUCCUCCCUCUUCCCAAAAUCAGGAGCUCCAUGAAAUGAACUGUUCUUUGUUUUGUUUUUUUUUUGGAAGCUGCAGGUGAGUUUCCAUGUGUUGCAUUACAAUAUCGAUGAUUUUUUUUAUUAUAUUGUUUUUUUAUAUUAUAUAUUUAAAAGGCAGUGUCUUUUGUACUGUGAAUUUGCAGUAGAAGAUGCAUAAUGCACUUUUUUUUAACUUGUGUUGGUGUGUAUUGUAUAUAGUGUGUGUGCUUCUUGUGAUGAAAAUAAACUUUU